AAUAAUGGAAACUUUAUCUCUGUCAGACGAUCACAAUCGAAUCAUGAGAUCAUUCAGAGAUGCUGCACCUACUCACUAUACUUUCAAGAUAAAUUCAUUUUCUGCAUUUUCAAAGAAUUCGAUAGACAAGCAUGAGUCCUUCGAAUUUGAAGCGGGAGGCUACCAAUGGAAACUGGCUGUACAUCCAAACGGAAACAAAAGCAGAGAAGAGAAAAAUCACAUCUCUCUUUACUUGGUGUUAGCACAAACGAGUUCACUCCCCUCUGCUUGGGAGAUCAAUGUGAUUUUCAGGCUCUUUGUCUUUGAUCAGAUUCAAGACAAGUAUUUGACAGUCCAAGAUGCUAAUAAUGGAGGAGUAAAACGCUUUCAUGGAUCGAAGACUGAAUGGGGUUUCGAUCAAUUCAUCCCAAUUUCAAUCUUCAAUGACCCAACAAGAGGUUACCUCGUCGACGACACUUGUGUGUUUGGAGCAGAGGUUUUUGUGAUCAAGAAUUCUGGCAAAGGUGAGCGAUUGUCUAUGAUAAAGGAUUCCACUGCUCGUAAGUUCACUUGGAAGUUCCAUAACUAUUCGUUUAUGAAGAGUGAAGUCUAUAACUCGGAUGCAUUCUUUGCUGGAGAUUACAAAUGGAACAUUAAACUUUAUCCAAGAGGAUACAACAACUGGAAGGACAUUGCUCUUUCCAUGUAUCUGAACUUAGCUGAUUUGACAAACCUUACAUCUAAUCAGCAAGUGUACGUGAGCCGUUGCUUACGCGUAGUCGAUCAAAUUAAUGGAGAACAUGUUGAACGUAAAGAUAAUUCAUGGCACAGUACUUCCAACACUAAUUGGGGUUGGCACAAUUUCUUGCAACUCAGGGAUCUCAAUAACCCAGAAAAGGGUUAUCUGUUGAAAGAUACUUGCAUCAUUGAAGCAGAGGUUAUUGUUCUUGGGCUUUCAUGGAGUGAGUGA